AUGUUUAACUUCUUUCCACAUGCCACAUUUUGUACUUAUUCAGGCAGCAUUUUAACGAACUCCUUCAAGAACCGAUCUGCCUUUUGCAGUGAUAAACUGGAUGAAUAUUUGGAAAGUGAAAGGAAACUAAUGGAAACAGAUGUGGAAUUCUCUUCUAAUUCACUUAGUUAUCCAGUGGCCUACCAGCUUCCAUCCAAAAGCACCAGUUGUGUCCAAGUACUCAACAGUGUUCUAAAAAAGAAAUCUGUUUCUCCACCCAGUGCUCAUACGUUCAACCCUCUUUCUCUGCCUUCUACUUUUAGAAAGAGGAAAAUAAAAACUAAGAGUAAACAAGGAACUAAAGGCAGGGUAAAAUCCUCCGAUAAGUUUGCAGUGCCUUCAUAUGUUCUGUCAAAACAGAAGCAUAACUACAGCUUCAAGCUGCUUGAGCAGAAACAGAGCAAUGAUAUAAUAGGUUUAUCUAAGACUCAGUUGCAGUUGAUGGAGUUGGAGGAUUGUGCCUUGAGGGAUGGGAAGCCACGAACCUAUGUUACUGAAGAACGAGCAAGCAGUUCUCUGGACACUUUGCUCAUUUCUCAGGUUCAGGUGGAGUUGAUGGAACUGGAAGAUUCUGCAUUGCAGAAUGGAAAGCCACAGAAUUACAUUACCAAAGAGCGAGCAGACUUAUCUUUGGCAGCUCUGCUUAUCCCUCAGCCUCCACUCAAAAGCAAACCUAUCUAUGACCUCAUUGGAAGCCAAGAGUUACAAUAUAACAACACUUUCUGCAAUGUUGAGGAUGUAUGUGCUGAUUUAGCUUUUGAGAAGUGUCAACCUACAUGCCCCUCCAAGACUGUUGGCACAUCUGACUGUCUGAAGAGAAGGAUAUCUGUAUUAAAGGGAGCUUCUAUGCCUAAGCAACACUUGAAAAGAUCUUUGUGUGAGAUUCUUACAAACUGUAAGGACCAAGAGGAAAAGGAAAUGGCUUGGGUGAAUAACCAUAGCAGAUGUAAUGUGAAAUCAAUAUACAGUGCAGAAAUGGAUCAACCUAUUGAAGAUUUCCCAAUAAUGUUAAAGGAAGAAAGCGAGAUUGAUGUAAAAACAGUUUAUUUGCCAUCACUAUCUGCUACUAAACCCACGCAACAUAUGAUGCAGCCUUACUCAGAGGUGGUUUUGCCUUUCAAGUCAGCCUGCAGCGGUAUAAAAAGAGAUCAACUGAGGAUGCCUAAAUUCAAUCCAGUGGUAAAACAGAUUCAACAGGAGCACAAGUAUGCUGUACCUUCACACUUUGAAAAGAUGUGGUCAUAUGCUUGUACCUCAAAGUACAAGGACAGCAUUGGAAAGAAAAAGCAGCAACAUGGGAUCAAACAGACACCCAGUUCUGAAAAAUGUAUUGGAGAGGACCAUAUUUCAGAUGUUCCUGAAGAACCUUGUGGUAUAGAGAGUUACUCUGGAGAGUCUGAUGUAGGAAUCCCAUCAGCAAGAACAUGUAUGUUUCCAGAGAAGUCUGCAAGUCAUUCCAGUUCUACUCUUGUGUGUCCUGCUAGAAAGCUAGCAUCAGAAACUCUUCGAUCCAAGCUUAUAUCUACUAUUUCAGAAACUCAAGCAACCACCAUCCUUCCAGCUGAACCUGUAUCUGAAUCACAGGCUGUUGAUCUGUCUCUUAAACUUUAUCCUGCAAGUAUUGUACACAGUACUACUAAUUCAGUACCCCUUCAGUCUGGCAGAAUUGCAUUGCCUAAUCAUCCAGGGCAGGAGGCUGUGUCACACGCAAAUUUCCACAAUAUUUUAUCCCUUCAGAUUGCUAGCAAUUCCUUUAGUAUAAGUGUUCAAGAGGAGUUGGAUACCAUGAGGCCAGAAGAAGAAAUAGAAUUGCACUCAGAAGAAGUAAUUGUCACAAAGGCUGGAGUCAUAGUGUCUGAUACCAUGCUAGAAGCAAAUGAACUGAGAGCAAAUCAGCCAGAUAAUUUUGAGGAGUUGAAAGUGAAAACACUUUUAUGUGAUAAAAAUUCAGUUAUGACAAAGACAAUUCUAAAGAAUACAUUUGCAGAAGAGGAAUUAUCAAGUGAGACACCCUUGUUAUAUCCUGAUGUUUUUCCAGGCAUAUUGUCAGACCAUUCAUAUGUUAGCAGGACAGAAAGUGAGAAAACAAGCAUGAUUGGGAAGAAACAGCAUGACAGACAUUUUGAAGGUGUGUCAGAUGCUGAAAACUGUUGGCAGACUGAUCUAUCAGGACAUAUAUUAUGGGAAAGCUCCACAAAUCAACCAGAGGCUACACAGUUUAAAAGUACAAAUAGAAAGGGCAUAAACAUUGCCCAGAUGCAAAGCCCAACUACCAGUUUAGAAGCACCAGAGCAGAUACAAUUGAUAUUGAUUGCUGAAGAGUUACAAGAAAACCAACAGACUGUAAGCAUGAACUCUACAAAACAACAACAGGAAGGGACCAGACAGUCUCAAAGUCAGUGGGAAAACCAAAAUGAAUUUGAAUUGCAAGGGAAGUGCAGGAAAGGGAGAUGUGAUUCCGUAGAAAUGGAAAGUUGCAAGGGAAAAGAAACAAAAGAAAAUGAUGUUACCUGCAUGAAGAAUCAAAAUUAUGGACUAGGAAAGAAAUACAGGGAUAGUACUCAAGAGUCUGUACCAAACUCAAAUACUGAUGUUCAAGUGAACUGCAACACAUCAAGCCAUAAGAAAGGUAUAACUGGUAUUCAGGGAAAUAUGCAAACUGUUAAAGAUGACCUUGUUCAGGCUAUCAUAGCUUGGAGCAAAGCAUCCUGGAAAUCAGCUGCUAAAUGUAUACAACAAAAUCCACCUAAAACCAAAAAUGGUUGUAUCUCCAUUGAUGGUAUUAUUGAUGUUACAGAAAAUUGUGGGAAAAAUGAUCACCCUAAAGAGGAAAAGACUGAUGGAAUAUCUGUCUACCAGACUGAAACACUGCAGUCUGAACUACGGAGGAGUAAGCCAAAGAAUGUGGCACCAACCCUUGCUUCUUAUCGCCUGACACAUACAGCAAAUGAACAGCGUCGUCGUAGAGAAAUUAAGGAACUCUUUGAUAAAUUGAAGGUGGUUCUGGGAUUGCACACCUUCCCCAGAGUCGCCAAGCGUAUCCUCCUCAAGCAGGCUGUUGAAGAGAUCCAACGGCUAAUUGAUCAGGCAGCUGAAUUGACGAGUCAGAAGCAGUUAUUACUGCAUGAGAAAGGCACCCUAAUUCAUAAAGUAUCUGUACUUUCAGGCAAGCCACAGGAGGUGAUCUUGAAGAAGCUAGACUACAUUUUAGCAAAACAAAAAACAAAUAUACAGAAGAAUCAGGAAGAGCAAGUAGAAUCUAUGAAGACUGCUAAAACUACGGGAAUUACUAGACUUUCUGUGGAACAAAGUCCCUUUUCUUUUUCUAGAGAGAUGAAACAAAUUAUGUCCAACAGGCAUUCAGAACCUUCAGUACUUUUUAGAAAAAGUGGUGCUACAGAAAAUAAGGAGCCGAUGAUGCCAAGGAUAGUAAAUGUGAGGUCACUAACUGCUGAAGGGGAAAGACAUUUAAGCCUGGAUGUCAGAAAGAAUUAUGAUGUGAUGGAGGAUGCUGAUCUCCAGACAGAUUAUUCUUUCUCGCAGAUAGAAUUGCAGGAAAUGGCCAACCUUCAGCCUGGAAAAGAAGCUGGAGCUGGAGAAAGACAUCUUGUUGGAACCAUGAAGCCUUUUGCUGGAGAAAAAGAAAACUUUUUUCCACAGAUGGUCUCCAGCUUCAAGGGAUUCCCAGGAUCCUCUAUGACCAAAUUCUACACUAAAGAAUUAGCUGGAAGCCAGGCAAAAUUAGAAGAAAUGGACAAAGAAGGAGAGAGGCAAAAGUCAAAGGAUUCUUUAUUUCAAAAGGUGCAGGAUAAUGAAUCCAAGGGCUCUGGAUUAGAAACGGAACAGCAAAAUGAACCCUGUAUGAUGCAUGACACAGUAGUGAGUGCAAAUGCCUUAAUGGAGAUAGAGGAGAAUGAUGAAAUUCUUACAUCACUUCUGAAUGAAACAGCAUUUCUCAAUAAGAAUGAUAAUAUUUCAGAUGUAUCAAAGUUUCCUAAGUCCUUAAGCUCAGGUUUUUCUUUAGAAGAUACGGAAAGCUGCAGAGCAUCAACUACUGAAGGCUCUCCCUUUCAUUUUGGCACAUUGAGUGGAUGUUUUAAGGACUUCUCUAUUGUGCAAGGAAGUAGUGAUUCUGUAAUUCCACUCCUCCUUCACUUAGAAAGUGACAAUCCAGAUACCUUGGGAGAGCCUUCAUCACCAUCAGAUGUUUCGACAUUCAGGCCAGACUCUGAAGUGAAGGACCAGAAUCCUAACCUUUCAACAAUAACUAGUUGUAGAAAUCUUAAAAAUAUAAAAUGUCGAACAAAGGCCACAUAUACAUCACUUCCCAGUCUGCAGAUGAAACCUCAUCACAGUGACAUCAUAUGGAAGCCCAUGCCCAAACUGGCAUUGUUUGGAUUAAAAGAUGCAAACUUUGUAUUAGAUUCUGAACAGAAUACUAAACUGAGGCCUUCAUUGGCACAAAAAUGACAUCCACUUAAUUAAAAGUCAGUCAGCCAUGGUCAGGACUAUAAUGUAAUCACAGGACUAUAACCCACAAUUACAAAAUCAAAAUAACUCUGUAGCUGUAUUUCCAAAUUGGCAAAUGCAUGCACUUUAUUUAGCAAAUGCAUGCACUAUCUUCUUAGAAGCUUUCAAAACGAACAUGGAACUGUAAUCUAGUACACUUUUAGCAGUGGAUUCUUUGCAUGUAACUAGCUGAUUCAGGGUAAGUUUCAUCUGCAGUAAAAUUAUUUGGGUCAGCUAUCUCUUUGGGUAUCAUGACUUGAUCGAGGUACUUGAUAACUUGUAUUUCUUUGAAGUAAUGAUUUUAAAAGAACUCUUUUACAUGUACUCUUGGAAAGUGGAAAUAGUUUAAUGGUUCCAGUUGUUUUCUACCAGAGUGACUUCUAAUUUGAUGUCUCAUUCCCCUGUUCAUUUUUGGAUUAAUUUUUUAGAUGUUUUACUAAAGCUAUUUGUCAGUCCUUCCUCUCUGCAACUAUCAGUUUUUUUACUGCAACUGAAAGAUAAGCACGAAUCCAUCUACAUAUUUUCUCAGUACAGCAAAGAUCUACUCAGGACCCUUAUGUUUUAAGUUGUGAGCAUUUGUACAUCCUCUCUUAUCUAUUGCAUAUCAGUUCACACCCACAUGGGAACCACUUCCCCCAUGUGGCAUAUGUGGCUAUUGCACACUGUGGUGGUAAUGUUUUGAAAUACCUCAACUAUGCAAGCAGAACAAAUUAUGUGUGUCCCUCCUUCACAGUUGACACCCUCCAGUAAGGAAGGCAGCACCUAGGAAGGAAAGAGCUACAUGGUUGGCUCUACUCACAUGGUUGCAGUAUGUCCCACCAGCAUGGGAAGUAAAGGUAUGUCUUAGGCAGCUUGCACAUGCUGGUGGCUAUAUGGAAAGAACUACAUUUGAUUAGUUUCAGUACACUCUUGCCAAACUUUGCAUGAAGUAGUACAUUUCAAAU